AUGGCUGCGUCACGAUCAGCAAGGUUUGGUCAGGGUGCUGGUGAUGUUCUUCGUGUCGAUUGCUGGGGAACAGAAGACAGCCUGGCCGACUGUCCAUACUUUGGGGUCAGCUUUCCGUGUGGACAUCACAUGGACGCAGGUGCCGUAUGUUAUUUAGGAGCCCAUCCGAACCCAUACCAAGUUCGGCUUGUCAAUGGAUCUGACAGUGCUAAAGGCAGGGUAGAGGUCUUGCGGGACGGAUCCUGGGGAACUGUUUGUGGUGUUGGCUGGGAUCUGAGAGACGCGAGGGUGGUCUGCAGGAUGCUGGGGUUUGAUGGAGCCUUGGACGCACCGGGAUCUGCUAGGUUUGGUCAGGUCCAUCCGAACCCAUUUAAAGUUCGUCUUGUCGGUGGGUCCAACGAUGCUGAAGGGAGAGUAGAACUUUUGCACGGUGGAUCCUGGGGAACUAUCUGUGAUGACAGCUGGGAUCUGAGAGACGCGAGGGUGGUUUGUAGAAUGCUGGGGUUUGGUGGAGCCUUGAACGCACCGGGAUCUGCUAGGUUUGGUCAGGGCGCUGGUCGUAUUAUUCUAGAUGUCGUCGGAUGUGACGGAACAGAAGAAAACGUAGCAGAAUGUAUUCACCGAGGGAUUGGAGUACAUUACUGUGGACAUGAUGAAGAUGCGGGCGCUAUUUGUUACAAUGGAGCCCAUCCAAAUCCUUUCGGAAUAAGGCUCGUCGAUGGAUUCAGCAAAGCUGAAGGAAGAGUGGAGGUCUUCUACGAUGGAUCCUGGGGAACUAUCUGUGAUAAUGGCUGGGAUCUGAGAGACGCGAGGGUCGUCUGCAGAAUGCUGGGGUUUGAGGGAGCCUUGGACGCACCGACAUCUGCAAGGUUUGGUCAGGGAUCUGGGGAUAUACUUCUUAAUCUUGUUGGUUGUGACGGAACGGAGGCAAAUCUUGCGGACUGUGCACAUCUUGGGUUAGGUGUCAAUUUCUGCGGACAUGAAGAGGAUGUUGGUGCCAUCUGUUACUCGGGAGCCCAUCAAAACUCUGUUGGAAUACGGCUCGUGGGUGGUUCUAACAGUUCUGAAGGCAGAGUGGAGAUCAGAUACAACGGCACCUGGGGAACAGUUUGCGACGAUGGCUGGGAUUUGCAAGAUGCAAAGGUCGUAUGCAGAAUGCUAGGAUUCGGCAACGCCUCAACUGCACCAGGUUCAUCCCAGUUUGGCGAGGGGAACGAAGACAUUUUUCUGUCUCAUGUCGGGUGCGAUGGAAUGGAAGACAACCUUGCGGACUGCGCACAUCUAGGGUUCGGAGUGCACAACUGCCAACAUAACGAAGACGCUGGGGUCACGUGUCUCAUAGGAGCCCAUCCGAAUCCAUUUCAAGUUUGUCUUGUCGGUGGGUCUAACGAUGCUGAAGGAAGAGUAGAGGUACUGAACGAUGGAUCCUGGGGAACUAUCUGUGACAACAGCUGGGAAUUGAGAGACGCGAGGGUAGUUUGCAGAAUGAUGGGGUUUAAUGGAGCCUUGGACGCACCGACAACUGCUAGUUUUGGUCAGGGCUCUGGUCGUAUUCUACUAAAUUAUGUCAGCUGUGAGGGAACUGAAGACAACCUAGCAGAAUGUGCUCAUGCAGGAAUUGGACUUAACCCAUGCAGUCAUACAAAGGAUGCAGGAGCCAUUUGCUACUCAGGAACCCAUCCGAAUCCAUUUCAAAUUCGUCUUGCCAAUGGAUCGAAUGAUACUGAAGGCAGAGUAGAGGUACUGUACGAUGGAUCCUGGGGAACUAUCUGUGAUUCAUGGUGGGAUCUGAGAGACGCGAGGGUGGUUUGUAGAAUGCUCGGGUUUGAUGGAGCCUUGGACGCACCGAGAUCUUCACGGUUUGGUCAAGGCUCUGGUCGUAUUCUACUAAAUGAUGUCAAUUGUGACGGAAAUGAAGACAACUUAGCUGACUGUGCUCAUGCAGAGAUUGACCUAAACUCAUGCAGCCAUACAAGUGACGCAGGAGCCAUUUGCUACACAGGAGCUAAUCCAACCCCAUUUGAUGUUCAUCUGAUUGGUGGAUCAAAUGAAGCUGAAGGCAGAGUAGAAGUAUUGUACGAUGGAUUAUUGGGAACUAUAUGUGAUGACAGUUGGGAUCUAAGAGACGCAAGAGUGGUUUGCAGAAUGCUGGGGUUUGAUGGAGCCUUGGAAGCACCGAGAUCUGCUAGGUUUGGUCAGGGCUCUGGUCGUAUUCUGCUAAAGGAUGUCAUUUGUGAGGGAACAGAAGACAACCUGACAGACUGCGCUCAUAGAGGAGUUGGAGAUUAUACUUCAUGCAGUCAUGCCAAGGAUGCACGCGUCAUUUGUUAUUCUGGAGCACAUCCUCAGCCAUUUCAAGUUCGUCUGAUUGGAGGGUCUAACGAUGCUGAAGGCAGAGUAGAGGUCACACACGAUGGAUCCUGGGGAACUAUCUGUCAUUUAGGCUGGGAUCUGAGAGACACGAGGGUGGUUUGUAGAAUGCUGGGGUUUGAUGGAGCCUUGGAAGCACCGAGAUCUGCUAGGUUUGGUCAGGGCUCUGGUCGUAUUCUACUAAAGAAUGUCAACUGUGAGGGAACAGAAGACAACCUGGCUGACUGCGCUCAUGGGGGAGUUGGAGAUUAUAUUUCAUGCGGUCAUGUCAGCGAUGCAGGUGUUAUUUGUUAUUCUGGAGCCCAUCCUCAGCCAUUUCAAGUUCGUCUGAUUGCUGGGUCUAACGAUGCUGAAGGCAGAGUAGAGGUCACACACGAUGGAUCCUGGGGAACUAUCUGUCAUUUAGGCUGGGAUCUGAGAGACGCGAGGGUGGUUUGUAGAAUGCUGGGGUUUGAUGGAGCCUUGGAAGCACCGAGAUCUGCUAGGUUUGGUCAGGGCUCUGGUCGUAUUCUGCUAAAGGAUGUCAACUGUGAGGGAACAGAGGGCAACCUGGCAGACUGUGCUCAUCGAGGAGUUGGAGAUUAUACUUCAUGCGGUCAUGUCAGGGAUGCAGGCAUCAUUUGUUAUUCUGGAGUAAACACAACAGAACCAUUUCAAGUUCGUCUCACCAAUGGAACCACCGAUUCAGAGGGCAGGGUGAAGGUUUUGUAUAAGGGAGGCUGGGGAACUAUUUGCGAUGAUAGCUGGGAUCUAAGAGACGCAAGAGUAGUUUGUAAAAUGCUUGGAUUUGACGGAGCUUUAGCCGCACCUGGUAGUGCUACGUUUGGUGCCGGAAGCGGUAAAAUCUUGUUUGAUGACGUUGGAUGCAAGGGCACAGAAGAAACCCUUGCUGAGUGCUACCAUCGAGGGUUUGGAGUCAACAACUGUGAACAUGAUAGUGAUGCUGGUGUCAUUUGUUUUAUAGAAGUUCAACUUGACAAUGGAGCCGAUGGAUAUGAAGGAAGAGUUGAGAUACUACACGAAGGGUCUUGGGGAACUGUUUGCGACGAUUCAUGGGACCUGAACGACGCUAAAGUUGUGUGUCGACAGUUAGGAUUUGAUGGGGCUUUAGCUGCUCUACCCCAAGCAAGAUUUGGUCAGGGUUCUGGUGAUAUCUUUCUGGAUGGUGUUCAGUGCAAUGGAACAGAAACCAACCUCAAAGACUGCAAGCAUAAGGGAAUAGGUGUUCAUAAUUGUAUACACAAAGAGGAUGCCAGUGUCAUAUGUAGACAUGGAGGUAAUACCAUGAAUCCGUCAUUAAAAAAAUAAAAAGCAAAAACAACUGGA